UCUAAACAAGAUGGUGGAUUACGGAACAGGAAGCCAGCAUUGAAAAAUUUUGUUGACAUUCUCCAGCGUGAUGGCGUUAUUACAGUGGCGCCGAUUCAAUUUUUUCGACAAGGAGGUUCUGAAAGACCCCGGAACAACUCAGCCAUUUACGGGUCUGAAGGACAUUAACAUCACAGCAUGCACAAGUGGAAGAGGCCAGUUGGUUAUUGGAGAUUCAGCUGGUUUUAUUCACUUCCUGGGCCGUGAUUUAACUAUCACAUCUUUCCAGGCUUACGAAAUGCGUGUGUCACAUUUUUACCAAUUGAAACAGCAAAACAUUUUAUUUACUGUCGGAGAAGAUGAAGUGGAAGGAAUUGAUCCAAUUAUUAGAGUUUGGAAUCUAGACAAGAUUGACAAGUAUGGAAACCCUGUUUGCUGUUGCAUGCAGCGGCUUAUUCCAGGAAACAAACCAGUCCCGGUGUCUUGUUUGGCACUGAUGGAAAACUUGACACAGAUGGCUGUAGGAUUUGCUGAUGGCACUGUUCUUGUGUAUAAGGGAGAUAUUACCAGAGAUAGGCACACAAAACAGAGAAUUGUUCAUCACGACAAGCAUCCUGUAACAGGGCUUGCUUUCAAACAGACAAGUGACAGUGUAAUUCUGUUUGUUGUGACAACUGAAACAGUCCUCUCGUACAACACCUCAGCUAAAGAUCGUAGAGAAGUACUUGAUGCUCAUGGCUGUGAGCUCCGUUGCUCUGUAAUGAGUGAUGCUUCACAAGAAAACCAGUUCAUUGUGGCUCGAAAAGAGGCUCUGUAUUUUUAUCAAGUUGAUGGCAGAGGUCCUUGCUUAGCAUUUGAAGGUGAGAAACAGAUGGUAACAUGGUGGCGAGGAUAUCUUGUAGUGGUCAGUAAGGAUAACAAACAGAUUCAAAGACCAGCAGUAGGAGGAAGUUCUCAACCCAGGAAUGUCAAUGUUGUCACUGUCUAUGACAUUCAAAACAAGUUUAUAGCUUUUACUGGGACAUUCCAGGGUGUAAUUGAUGUAAUAUGUGAAUGGGGCAGCUUGUUUGUGAUCACAAUGGAAAAUAAGGCGCGUUAUGACAUUGACCACGCCCUGGUGCUGGCACAGAUGCACCAUUUCAAGGCUGGUAUCCUGUAUCUGUAUGAAAAGGCCAAACUAUACCAACAGAUUCUUCAUUACCACAUGGAGCAGAACGAGUACAGUCACGUGAUAGACACAUGCAAGAAGUAUGGGACGUCAGAUCCAAGUUUGUGGGUGCAAGCGCUCUCUUACUUCGCCCGACGUGAAACAGACUGUAAGUCCCAAAUUAUGGAGGUGCUGUCAUAUAUCGACCGUGGAAACCUCAUGUCUCCUUUACUCGUCUUGCAAAACUUGGCGUACAAUUCAACAGCCACCUUGGCAGUGGUGAAGGACUACAUCAUCCAUCGCUUGCAAAUGGAAGACGAACUUAUCGCAAAUGAUGAGCGUUAUAUUCGGCAAUAUCGUGAGGAAACUGAAAAAAUGAGGAAUCAGAUCAAAGAACUGAAGACAAGUGCAAAGAUAUUCCAAGGUGCAAAAUGCAGCGUCUGUUCCCGACCUUUGGAUUUGCCCGCGGUGCAUUUCUUAUGUCAGCACUCAUUCCACCAGAUCUGUUUUGAAGGAUACGCUGAAUCAGACAACGAAUGCCCGAUUUGUGCUCCGGAAAACAGAAAAGUUCUUGACAUCAUAAGACAACAGGAGCAGGCGAAAGAUCUUCAUGAACAAUUUCAUCACCAGCUGGAGAGAGCGGCAGAUGGGUUUUCUGUUGUGGCCGAGUAUUACGGACGCGGUGUUUUCAAUAAGGUUACCGUGGUUACUGACCCUACCUCCUCACGAGGAAAGUCAACUCGCGAGGCUGCUUCAGAUCAGCGCGAGAGACUUUUGGAAACCCCUCACAGCUAGCUGAAAGGCAGUGUGAGCCUUCGUUGCUCGUGGUGUGCGGUGGUAUCACUGGAGAAAUGCAGAGAGAUGUGUACUCCUUACUAAAGAAAAUAAGUCUUUUGAGAAGAAAAGAAAAUAAUUUGAUAGCAAAAUAAUUAUAACUAGAUUUUAAAAAUGUUUUAGAGUCCGGUUGAUGGCGAAGUUGCAAUUCUUGUUGGUUUAAUCGCUAUUUUUGUCGCGCUCAGAAGAAACCUCACUAUGUAGUGACUAUUUUAAGAUCAUGAUGUCGUGAGCGUAUUAAAUCGCCAUCUAUAUCAGAGGCCUGUUCUUUUGA